UUAGGGCCAACCGAAACCCUCUCCACUUGAACCACAGGAUUUAGGCAUCGAACCCCCAAAAGCAAACAGGUCCGACCACCGAGACGCGACCACGCUCGAUUCGCCACCGCCACCGCCGCCGCGCCGCAGGAUUUAGGCAUCCGGCAACGCGCCGCGCUCCGCCUCAUUCCUCUGGUGACAGACUGUGAGACGGAUGACACCCCUCGGUUCUUGCUGAUGACAACGGCGGUGGCGGCGCUGUUGAGGAGAACCAAGCAGGCAGAUUCGGCGGUGGCUGGGCCCCUUACUGGAUACUGAUUCAUCUUCAUCUCCCUGGCGUGGAAAUCCGAGGCAGCAACUCAGGUGGCAGAAAGUCAUGGCGAUGGGUGACCUGGACAGUCAAGCUACAAGAUGGUGCCCUUCCGUCGUCGAAGAUAUCAUCGCUGAACUUUCUCUGAACGAUGAUUAGUGGUUUCUACCGUUGUUAGUUCCUAUCUGAAACUUUCUUUUGUCAAGAAGCCGUAUUUUACCCUAGAGAGAGAUCAACUGCAGCAAUGGGCAUGAGGAAUUUUAAGAUGCGCCAGUAGUAUCAUUGUUUUCGGUUAGAACAGUUUGGCAACUGAAUCAGUAUUCCUAUCCAAUUCCAAUCUACGUGACUUAUACUACUUUCAAAUUCAAUCAAAGCUGCAGAUAGAUUGAGUUUUUUUUCCUUUUCUUUUACGGGAGAUAGAUUGAGUUUUUUUUUAAUGUAGACUGGGGGAUCAAGAUUUACCGCCGCAUGUCCAAAUAACCAACCUGUCCGCGUGUCUUAGUUGAGAGCCGGCUGGUUAGUCUCCAUGUCCGUCUCGGCUUCAAGUUAAGAGUCCAUGUCCGGGUGUGUUACGGCGUUGUAUGUUGGCGUCUAUAUGAUACACAUACACAGCGUGAUGUGAAUCAACCUUCUCGUCAACUCCGGCGACUCGCACAGGAGCGUCUAGUACUCUGAGUACACGGGUCCAGUCCAGAUUUCAGUUAUAUCCUGCCCGUCCGCCAUGUCGUUUGCCGGCGUGUCUAUCGCCCGCUACAGUGGCGACAUCGCCCGUUACACCGGCGACGUCGCCAGCGGCCACGCCGUCGACGUCUCCACGGCCAGCGGUUACCACCUGCUUGUGGUCACCGGUUACUCGCGUACGAAAGCCUCUGCACCUACUACCGGCAAGGCGAUCGCCUCUCUCCCUUUCACGGUGGGAGGCCGCCGUUGGUCCAUCCGCUGCUUCCCUGACGGCGACACCUCGGAAAGCAGCCAAUACAUCUCUCUCUAUCUGCACCUUGUCGAUAAAGAUGUCACAGAGGCUGUCAAGGUGCAGUACUCCUUUAGCUUCGUCGACGAGGUUGAAAACCAAGGCCCCGCAUGUGUUCGAGCCAAAAAGGCACACGAUUUCUCCAGCUGCCAUGCGACAUGGGGUCAAAAGUAUUUUUGGAACAGAGUCGACCUCGAGAAGUCAAGUCAUCUCAAGGGCAACUGUUUCACCAUCCGAUGUGACCUCGCCGUCGCCACCACGUUUGAUCGCUUCAUCACGGUGCCGCCUUCCAGCAUACAACGGCAUAUCAUGAACCUCCUCCUGUCCAAGGAGGGCACCGACGUGACGUUCAGCGUCGGCGGCGAGACGAUCGUCGCGCACCGGUGCGUGCUCGCGGCCCGGUCCUCAGUCUUCAAGGCAGAGCUCUUUGGCCCCAUGAUGGAAGGCACGAUAGCAAGCGUCAUACAGAUAGAAGACAUGGAGGCGAGAGUGUUUAGGGCCUUGCUUAGCUUUAUUUACACCGACUCGCUACCCGACAUGGAGGAUGACAACGUGGAGGAUAGAGAAGCACAAGAAUUGCUGUGGCUGCAGCACUUGCUUGCAGCGGCAGAUAGAUACGAUCUCCAAAGGUUGAAGAUACUAUGUGAAGAAAAGUUAUGCAAACAAGCCGUGAGCUCGGUCAAAACUAUUUUUAUUCUAGCUGAGCGGCACAGCUGUGGUGGGUUGAAGGAGGUAUGCCUUGAAUUCCUCAAGACACCGUCUAAUUUGAAAGAGAUAACGGCGGCUGACGUCUUCGACGAUAUAGUUAGUACAUGCCCCUAUCUUUUAAAGGAGCUCAUUGCCAAGUUUGCUUCCUAA